UAGAGAUUAAAUUCGAUUAUACACAAAACGCUAAACAAGUUGAUUAUUUUUAUACUUUGUUUGUAACAAAGUUUUUUAUUUCUAAAAAAUAUAUAUGCAAAUAUAAAGUCUUUUAGAAGAAAGUCGAGAAAUUCUCAAGCAUUUAAACUGUCCUGUUGGGAGAUUACAAGAUACAAUUCAAUUAUUUGUUUGAGAACAAAUACUAAAUUGUUUCUGUGUUUUUAUACUUUCGUGCUGAUUUUUGAAAGCGUUUUAAAGAACGAUAACAACUCGCCGCACAAGCUGAAAAUGAUAGAAAGCAAUUGUUGUAAUGGUGGCAAACGAUGGUUUUGGAAAAAAAAAAUUAAAAAAAAAGAUGACACUAAAAGAGAUACAGAAAUGACUGAACAUACUAUGGAACUGAAUGAUUUGAUACAGAAACUGGAAACAAGCUUAGAGAAUGGGCUGAGUUCUGACAUUGUUGCCAGAAAUUUAAAACGUGACGGGUUAAAUUGGUUUGAGCCUCCUAAAGGUAAGCCUGAGUUAAUCAAAUUUUUAAUGCAAAUGAUAAAUGGUUUUGGAUUGCUUUUAUUGGCUGGUGCAAUGCUUUGUUGGAUUGUAAGCAUAAUUCGAUACACAAAAGAAAAUGGAGAAAUCAGUGAUGAAGUAUACUUGGGGGCUGCGUUAGCAGCUGUUGUUAUUAUCAGUGGCAGUUUCACAUAUUAUCAAGAAACAAAGAGUUUAAAGAUUAUGGAAAGCUUUAAAAAACUUAUUCCUCAAGAAGCCAUUGUAUUGCGUGACGGAUCAAAAGUGGCUAUAAAUCCUAGUCAAUGUGUGGUGGGAGAUGUUGUAUUUUUGAAAAGUGGAGAUAGGAUCCCUGCUGAUGUUCGCAUUGUUGAAUCUAAGGGAAUGAAGGUUGACAACUCUUCAUUGACAGGAGAAUCAGAGCCUCAAUCUCGGAGUAUUCUCUGCACUUCUGUCAAUCCUAUUGAGACCAAAAAUCUAGGUUUUUUCCCAACUAACGUGGUUGAGGGAUCUGGAAUUGGUAUUGUUGUUAAAGUUGGUAAAAACACAGUUAUGGGUCAUAUUGUGGAUCUUGCAUCAAGAUUACAUCAUGGAAAAACACCACUUGCUAUUGAAAUAGAGCAUUUUAUCAAAAUUAUCACUGUUGUUGCUGUAUUUUUUGGUGUACUCUUUUUCAUCCUUUAUAUGAGCAUGGGUUAUAAUUGGGUCCAGUCAAUUGUGUAUCUUAUUGCUAUUAUUGUAUCAAAUGUUCCAGAAGGCCUUCUCUGCACUGUCACAGUUUGUCUAAGUUUAACAGCAAAAAAAAUGGCUAAAAAGAAUUGCUUAGUGAGACAUUUGCAAGCUGUUGAAACCCUUGGGAGUACAUCUGUAAUAUUGUGUGAUAAAACAGGGACUUUAACACAAAAUAGAAUGACUGUUUCUCAUGUUUGGUUUGAUCUCCAAACUGUUGAAUUAAACACUUCAGAAAAUCAAUCAAGUUUUAGUCAGCAACUAGAAUCAUUAACAUGGGAAGCACUUGCAAGAAUUGGAGCAUUAUGCAGUAGAACUGAUUUUAACAGUGGCCAAGAAAAUGUUCCAAUAAUGAGGUGGUUUGGGUGAGCGAGUAUUUGGUUUUGCACACAGCUAUUUACCUGUUGACAAGUUUCCAGAGGGUUACGAGUUCAACUCAGAAGAGCCAAAUUUUCCACUAGAUAGUUUUUGUUUUGUUGGUAUGAUGAGUAUGUUAGAUCCUCCAAGAGCUGCUGUACCUGAUGCUGUCAGUAAAUGCAGGAGUGCUGGUAUCAAAAUUAUUAUGGUAACUGGUGACCAUCCUACAACAGCAAAAGCUAUAGCUAAAAAUGUUGGCAUUAUAUCAGAUGGAAAUGACACUGCUGAAGACAUAGCAAAUAGGUUAUUUAUAUCAAUUGAUCAAGUCAAUAAAUAUGAAGUAAAAGCAUGCGUUGUCAAUGGUGAUCAGUUACAAAGUAUGGACCAGCAUGAGCUUGAUGAUAUAUUAAAACAUUAUCCUGAAAUUGUUUUUGCUCGCAUUUCACCACAACUUAAGUUGAUUAUUGUUGAAGGGUGCCAGCGUUUAGGCUCAAUUGUAGCAGUCACUGGGGAUGGCUUAAAUGAUUCACCUGCUUUAAAGAAAGCUGAUAUUGGUAUUGCAAUGGGUAUUGCAGGAUCAGAUGUAUCUAAAGAAGCCGCUGACAUAAUUUUGUUAGAUGAUAACUUUGCUUCAAUUGUUACUGGUGUUGAGGAAGGGCGUCUCAUAUUUGAUAAUUUAAAAAAAUCAAUUUUGUACACUCUGACUAGUAACAUUCCUGAGUUAGCUCCAUUUACUAUUUUUAUCAUAUUAAAUAUUCCUUUACCGCUUGGAACAAUCCCUAUGUUAUGCAUUGCUGUUACAAAUUUAUUUCCUGCUAUCUCAUUGGCUUAUGAAUCACCUGAAAAUGAUAUUAUGGAGCGCAAACCUCGAAAUGAGAGUCAUGAUCAACUUGUUAAUUCACGUCUAAUUUCAUUGUCUUAUUCAAUGAGAGGUGUAAUUCAGACAUUUGGUGCUUUUUUAUGUUACUUUAUUGUUUUGGGUGAUAAUGGGUUUUGGCCAUCAAAGUUAAUUGGACUUCGAAGUAGAUGGGAUGACAUAAAUGUAAACAAUCUUGAAGAUUCUUAUGGCAGUGAGUGGAACUACUUUCAACGAAAAGAGUUGGAGUAUACUGUUCAUACAGCUUUUUUUACUAGUAUUGUUGUUUCUCAAUGGGGUGAUCUUCUUGUCAGUAAAACCAGACACUUAUCUCUAUUUCAACAUGGAAUGAGCAACUGGUUUUUGAACUUGGGUUUACUUUUUGAAACAGCUAUGACUUGUUUUCUUCAGUAUACACCUGGUUUAAACACUGGAUUGAAUUUACGUCCAAUUAGCUUUGUUUAUUGGCUACCAACUCUUCCUUUUGCAUGUCUAAUUAUAUUUCUUGAUGAGAUAAGAAAAUUACAUAUACGUCGUUUUCCUGAAGGUUGGCUAAAAAAGGAAACAUAUUAUUGAACUUGUUUUUUUAUAAACAUGUUACUAUGGUAUUUUUAUAUGGAGAUGUCAAGCUGCUAUCUUUAAUAGGAGACGUAAUUUGGCUUUCUCUAAAUAUUCGGUGUAUUUUAUUGAAUUCUGUUCGAUGUCUUGUACGUUUUCUAGAAUUUAAAUUUUUGUAUAUUUUAUUUAUAAUUGUAUUUAUAUUUUAAUAGAAAAAUUCAUAUUUAAAGUUU